AUGUACAGAUUUCAUACCCAAAGGGCAAAAGCGGCUGCUGGACAUAUGUGGACUUCAAAUCUCUGCAAGAUCAGAAAAUCUCUUAAAAAUGUUUACCAAAAACGUAAGAUCCAGCGCCCAGAUUCAACUAGAUAUCCAACAAUGACUUCCUGUGGUGGUGAUCAACAUGAUGUCAGUUUGGAUGAAGAAAUGAACCUUACAGUAAUGCUGCAAGAAAUUAAAAUUUCCCAAAUUGAACUCCUCGGCCAAAUGACUGAUAUUGUCAGUGCAGUAUCAAAAAUCCAGGAAAAGAUUGACCAUUAUCAGAAGCAGAUGGAGGUCCUAGAAACCAGGAUGACUGUUAAUGAAGACAAACAAGACACAGCCACCAAAGAUAUCCUCUCUAUGAAAAAAGACAUUGAUGCUUUAAAGAAGAAGGUUUCUGAGCUGGAAAACCAGAGUUCUUGCCCCAGCAUACAUUGUUUAGAAGUCCUGAAGGGAGAAAGAGGUAAAGAAAUCAUAGAAUUGCUUCAUAAUUACAUACAAUCAGAAACUUCAAAGAACAUGUCAGCGUCCAAAGAUUCUGAAAUCUCUCCAGAACCAGAGAAAAUGCCCAGUUAUCCAGAGCCCACUGGUCAUCUUGAGGAAAAACCAGUUUCUCCUCAAAUUGAAACUCUGAAGGAAAGUAACAUAAAACCGGCAUCAAGAAGAUUAAAAAAGGCAAGGUCAAAUAUUUAUAUUUACCCAGACUUUGGUACAUGGAUCAAGCUAACUUUUGUUCAUGGAGGAAAGUGGGGGUUUUUCCUUAGUGCUACCAAGUUAGAAGAGUUCAUCCAGUGGCUUCUUUCUAGGCCAGUCAUCUUUCCUGAGGAACCACAGAUCAUUCCCAAGAGAGACUGUUCACUCACUGGACCAAUUACAAGCUUGACCACAAUCUGUCUCUCUGUUUUCAACUACAUUUACUGCCUUUUUGGUUCCUCAAAAGAGGAAGUAACUCGACUAUAG